AUGAUUCGGCGUCGUAUGAAUAAAACUCGUUUUGUUGGUGAUUACAUCGAAUGGAUUCUUCCGACAGAUAAGGCAGAUUUUCAAGCACAUCAAUAUUGGAAAAAAUUGGAAGCAUAUGGACGUGAUCCGAAAUUUUAUAAAUUGAUUGACUAUAUAAAAAGAAAUUAUAUUGAAAAAGAUUUACAGCAUAUUGAAGAUAUCAAUACAGUAAAAAAAUAUUUUGAGAUCGCGAUAAACAAAAGAGAUCCUGUUUAUUUAUUACAAGCAUAUACAGCUGAAACUGGGUUUUAUUCUGCACUCAAUGUUCAUCUGACACAAUUACGCCUUGAAAAUCUAACUGAUAAUGAAAAUCUUAGUCGAGCAUAUUAUAUCGGAAUAAUUGCUCGUCAUCCCAAAUUCGAAACAUUUUCGUAUACUGGAAAAGCAUUUCGCGGUAUGAUGAUUACUAAUAAUGAUUUAAAACAAUAUGAGAUAGGUGCACGAAUUCUAACUAAAACAUUUUCAUCGUCAUCAAAACAAUUGAAUAUCGCAUUAAGAUUUCUCAGUGAUAAUCCUCAUGACGAUAAUCGAUUAAGUACCAUAUGCAUAUAUGAAGUACGUAAUCCAAGAACUGCAUUAGAUAUUCAACAUAUAUCAUUAUUUCAAUAUGAAGAAGAAGUUUUAAUUUUACCUUAUUCAGCAUUUAAAAUAAUUGAUAUUCAAAUGCAUAAAGACAAAUCACCUAAUGUUGAAAUAAAACUAAAAGAAUGUGAACCAUGGUAG